CAAAGCACACCUCAAUCCUCUUAUUGCCUCACUCCCUAAUGUGACAACAAUCACAGUAAAAACAAACAAAAGAAGUAGCCAGCAAUAACAACCAUCUUUCAUGAGAUAUUAUUACCCCGCAAUGGCGGCUGCAGCCACAGAAUGACAUGAGCACGCUUAAGACAGUGGAGUACAUUUGAUAAGUCCAUGCACUUUCUUACAGCCGAUGAUAUUUGAUGGCGAAACGUUGAAAGUGCGGGUUCUGGUCUCCUCAGUGUUACAGCUGCAGGUUUUGUGGUAGACGGACAAGGAGGAAGGUGAAUAAAGUUUAGCCGUGCCAUUUGAAUGUCCACUGACCAUCUCUCUUCACUGCAGGGAGGCUUCAAACCUUCAACCCCUACUGUACUCAUCUGGAACGUUGUUUCUCUGCAGCUACUACAAAUCAUGCAAUAAAAAACAAUACAAUUAAAGAUUUUGUUCUGAUUUUAAUCUCUGUGUUUGAGUGUUAAUGGUUCAUUGUAAAGUCCACAUAUGGAAAGCGUUAAAGGGAAAUAAAGAAAAUGAAAAAACGUGUUUGAGAGCGCGGGUAGGCGCGUGAGAGAGGUGGAGGAGGAGCAUCUUCACUUUGGAGCAGCAGCAGCGCGCGCGGGGACCUCAACACGCGCUCCCAAAGCCUGUUACCUACCGGGUCAUUUAUGCAGAUUUGUUCUUCCAGGGACGUUACGGAGAUCUCAGGAGUGGAGCUGCCAACCUCAACGCUCCAUUACAUCCCGAAACCUGGUGGGAUCACUGAUGACCUUUGUUGCUGCCCUCACCAGCUCCUGCUUUCCUCCUGCUCUUCCUCCUUAUCCCUCUCCUCCCCUUUCUUAAACUCCCCUCCUCCGUAUCUCCCAGCCCCAGGCUUAUUACUCCGACCCAGUGCAGGGAGCAGCACAGUAGCUGGCAUAGGAUGAAGCAGGUCUGCCUGCCAACACCAGACAGAGGAUAGAAGACACAAAGGGACCAGCGAAGGGGAGCGAGACAGAGAGAGACAGAGAGGACCACUAGUAAAGAGAGCUGCAACGAAGCAACAACAUUCAAGAUGCCACGUCGAAGGAAAAACACAAGUUUCACUUGAGUGUCAUGAGAUAGCAGAGGGGGCCCCUUAACAGAUCUAGAACUGUGGACUCCUUCUCAAGCAACUUCUGGCUCACACACUCUCCUGCUCUCUCGGGCUCCGUGUUAACACCUGAUAUGCCUCUGUAAGAAGUGUGAGCCAUGCCAGCCAAGGGGAAGUACCUGUUGAACGACCGGGAGCUGAAAAAUGAGGCGCUGUACCGCAAAUUCUCUUGCAUCAGCCAGUAUCAGCCGCUGGUGCUCCUGCUGGGCCUCUCCAUGCUCUCCUGUGGGAUCCUCCUCAUCCUCUUCUUUGCCCUCCAACUGAGCGCAAAGGAUCACUGUGCCUUUGUGAGCGUGGUGAGCGGCAGCCUGGGUGUGUUUCUGGCCGUGUUUGUGCUGGUGUGCACAGAGAUGCUCUCACAGCGAUGGAGGCGUCUGCUGGGCCUGAUCGUAUGGGCAACACACCUCACCAUGGGCUACACCUUCAUCUUCAGCGGCCCCAUCAUCCUGCCUUGGGACCAGGUGCCUUUCUUCCUCUUCAUCAUCUUCACCGUGUACACCAUGCUGCCGUUCCAGUUGUGGUACGCUGUGGUGCUGAGCUUCAUCUCCUCACUGUCCCACAUCAUAGUCCUCACAGUGCGCCUCACCGUUUACGACGAUAACCCCAAUCCUUCCCUUAAUCCUAACCUUGCCAACCAGCUGCUGUCCAAUGCAGUGGUGUUUCUGUGUGGCAGUGUGGUGGGAGCCUUCCACAAGGUCCUGAUGGAGAAAACCCUGAGGCAGACCUUUCAAGACACCUUGAGGUGCCUGAGCAUGCGGAUGAAGCUGGAGAUAGAAAAAAGACAACAGGAGAACCUGCUGCAGUCUGUGCUGCCAGUCUACAUCUCCAUGAAGAUGAAGCUUGCAAUCAUGGAGCGCUUGCAAGACUGUAAAGACAAAGAAGAACAACAGCGACUGGUCAAAGACAACAACUUCCACAGUCUUUAUGUCAAGAGGCACGAGAACGUCAGUAUUCUAUAUGCUGACAUUGUGGGAUUCACCCGAUUGGCCAGUGACUGUUCUCCCAAAGAGCUUGUUAUUAUGCUCAAUGAGUUGUUUGGAAAGUUUGACCAAAUUGCCAAGGAAAACGAAUGCAUGAGAAUCAAGAUCCUUGGAGACUGCUACUAUUGUGUGUCAGGGCUGCCUGUCUCUCUGCCGAGACAUGCAAAGAACUGCGUCAAGAUGGGCCUGGACAUGUGUGAAGCCAUCAAGCAGGUACGGGAGGCCACAGGAGUGGAUAUCAACAUGAGAGUGGGCGUGCACUCGGGCAACGUGCUCUGCGGUGUCAUUGGCCUUCGCAAGUGGCAGUUUGACGUGUGGUCGCAUGAUGUCACACUGGCCAAUCACAUGGAGUCAGGAGGCCUUCCAGGACGUGUCCACAUCACAGAGGCGACUCUGAAGCACCUAAACAAGGCUUAUGAAGUGGAAGACGGCGACGGCCACCUCAGGGACCCCUACCUAAAAGAGCUCAACGUCCAAACCUACCUGGUCAUUGAUCCUCGGUCUAAGGAUACAUCAUCCAACAGCCGAAACGCGCCUAAACCUCGGGUGAAUGAUGGUCUGAAGAUGAGGGCGUCCGUGCGUAUGACCCGUUACCUGGAAUCUUGGGGGGCCGUCAAACCUUUUGCCCACCUUCAGAAUCGGGAGGGCUUCACCCCAGACUCUAUUGUCAACGGCAAGUCGCGCUGCAAGGACAUCCCUCUACGACCAACCCCCGGCUCCAAGAUCACUGAGAGCUUUGAUGAGUCUCUAGAAGAACCGUUCUCCUUGCCUACCCCUCCGUUCAGCAGCUAUAAAAACAAAUCCCAGAAGAGUAAGUUUGAUGAAGAGCUGCACAAUGAGAUGACUACCACCAUAGAUGAGCUCAGCAGCAAGCAGUGGUCUAAGUCUGAAGAGAGGGGCAGUUUAGCUCUGUGGUUUCCAAAGAAGGAUCUGGAAAAACAGUACCGAGCCCUGGACCUGCCGAUGUUCAAACACUAUGUUGGCUGUGCCACCUUCAUCUUCCUCUGCAUCUUUUCGGUUCAGAUGUGUGUCACAAAGGAUCGACAGAUGUUGGGGAUGUCGUUUGGAGUGCUGGUCUGUGUGCUGCUGCUCACCCUGGCCAUCUGUUUUGCAGGUCACUUCCAGCGCCUGUUUCCAGAGAAGCUGUCGAGGUGCCAGUGGCUGCCAGCUGUGUCCGAGGCGGUGGUAAAGCGGCCGUGUGUGCGCCUCCCUCUGGCCAUGGUCACUACUACGGUCAUCAUUAUCUUGGCAGUGUUCAACCUGUGCUGCAUCCAGACGCGUGUGCCAGAAUGUCCCACUGAUAUUGAUUACCUGCGUCACAAAAAUGAUUCCCUUGAGCAGGGAUUAGAGGACAUUUACUUCUACCUGCCUUACUCCGUGUACUGCUGUAUCCUGUCGCUCAUCGCAUGUGGAGUCUUCCUCCGGGUGAGCUUUGAGCUCAAAGUGCUCUUCCUCACCCUGGCCUCCACGGCAUACUACAUCAUCAUCCUCAGCACCAAGAGGGAAGUCUUUGUGGCCUACGGAAACUUUCUCCUCACUCAGCAAUUCAACAACAGCUGGAACUGCAGCAGCAGAGACGAUCACGCCAUCCUGAAGUGGUUGGGGCUAGUGAAACACCCCCAGGUGAUGAGCUGCAUUUACAUCACCCUGUUCCUGGUCACCAUACUCAUCAUCUCACAACAGAACGAGUCCUGCUUCCGCCAGGACUUCCUGCUAAAGUAUAAGAACCGCACAGAGCAGGACGAGAUCGAGACCAGGGAGAACCUGAACCGCCUGCUGCUGGAGAACGUGCUGCCGGCCCACGUAGCAGCGCUGUUUGUCGGGGAGAAUAAAAAGAACGAGGACCUCUACUACAAGUCCUACGACUGCGUCUGUGUGAUGUUCGCCUCAGUGCCGGAUUUCAAAGAAUUUUACACGGAGUGUGACAUCAACAAGGAGGGUCUGGAAUGCCUGAGGCUCCUGAACGAGAUCAUUGCUGACUUUGACGAGCUGCUGUCCAAACCAAAGUUCAGCGGUGUGGAGAAGAUCAAGACAAUUGGCAGCACUUACAUGGCAGCUGCAGGACUUAGCGGGACGCCCGGUCAGGAGAACAAUCAGGACAAAGAGAGGCAGCAGGCCCAGAUCGGGAUCAUGGUGGAGUUUGCCAUCGCUCUGAUUGGGAAGUUGGACGGCAUCAACAGACAUUCCUUCAAUAGCUUCAGGCUUCGUGUGGGCAUUAAUCACGGCCCAGGGAUAGCCGGAGUGAUCGGGGCGAGGAAACCUCAGUAUGACAUCUGGGGCAACACGGUGAACGUGGCCAGCAGAAUGGAGAGCACGGGGGAGCUGGGAAAGAUCCAGGUGACAGUGGAAACGUCCGAUGUGCUGCACAGGCUGGGCUACUCGUGCGAGUGUCGGGGACUCAUCAACGUCAAGGGCAAAGGGGAGCUGAAAACCUUCUUUGUGUGCACCGACAUGAGCAAGCAGCAAGGUAUGGGUCUGACCUGAGGCCAGGGCGACACAAACGCCACAACUGGAGACAGACUCAAGCCAAGAGUUUAUAGACUCCACAAGUGUUGAGACAGAAUAGACUGUGAUACAGACUGUGUUUCCUGUGAUGGUAAUGAAUGAAAAUACUGAGGACUUUGCUGUGUUUGUUGGAUUCGACACUCGAUCAACACUUUCUACUCCAGACCUGUUGAACGGCUCAGGAUGUGGCGGUCAUGGUGGAGAGAUGAUCGGUUGUUUUUCUACAUACAUUUACGUCUAGUGAUCAGUCACUUUUGUACUUUUUGUCUUUAACUUAGAUGUUGUUUGCGAUAGAAAAAUAAAAAAAGCGCAUUGUACUAAUGCCAAAUACGGUUGUGAUAUGUUUUUUGAAGACCUCUGUGGUCCUUUAAAAACAAAACAAUGGAUUCUGUUUGGAUCAUAAUUUGAAACCCAUCUGGUUUUCCAGUUUUGAGACCGGAUGGGCACACUGCUCUGUUACUGUGUAAUGAGCAUGCCAUAUGUGAGGCGGAUAGACGGAGCCGUUUCAAUAACAGAAACAGGCUGUGCAGAGGAUAAAUAUAUAAAAACUCUUUUCUUGCUUCUGUCUUGGGGAAAUAUUUGACAUCAAUAGAAGUACUAAGUUUCACUCUCUGGCCAAGCUUUUAGGUUCCAGCUGUGUAGUUAGAAACGACUGGUUGAUUUUACAUAUACGACGAGAUAGUUGCUGCAUUUCAAAAGGAAAUACACAAAUCCGUGUGCUGUAUGUACAUCAUCUGUUCCAAGUGUAUAUUCUGCUUGUCUGCAUUAAUGCUGCAAUGAGGGAAGCCUGUGACGCUCUCCUUGGUGUCCUUAAGUCUGCGUGAUCCAACAAUCUGCCUGCUGUGAAUGGUUUUCUAGCUCCAGCUCAGAUGAACAGCUGUCGGCGCUGCGCGUCUCUGAAACUUGAUUCGUCUUGUGGCCUUAUCUUUUGAGACCGUCACUUUGUCUGUAAUUGUGGUUGAAUAAUAAUAAUAAUAAUAAUAAUGUAUUGGCCUUUAUGUGAACAAAUGUGACAUUGAAUUUUGUACAGCUACAGAAUGUAAUAAAUGUUUUCCUAUGUC